AUGGACCAAUCAUUUGAGAUUAUUACACCCGGAGAUUCGCUGGCUGCAGACAAUGGUGACAUUGUUAUGCUGAGCCGUGAUGACGUGAGCGAUUUCAACGAAGAGAAUAUCCUGCCUCAACCGCCUGAGACUCUUAACAAAAUCAAGCAAUGGCUUUGUCCAACGGACUAUGCUGCUGUCAAUGGAGAAUUCUAUAAGCACUUGAGAUCCCAUGUUGCCGGAACGGGUGACUGGCUCUAUUCGACGGAUGCCUUCAAGCAAUGGCACGAUUCAGAAGCCGAGGGGAUACUUUGGCUCAAGGGCAUCCCCGGUUCAGGAAAGUCUGUCCUCGCGGCAAGAUCAAUUCAGCGACUGCAAGAGGAAGACGCUCCAGUUCUCUAUUUCUUCUUCCGCCAGAUCAUCCGCGCCAAUUAUGAGCCAACAGCUCUGCUACGAGACUGGCUUGUCCAGAUUCUACCCUACAGCCCGCCGCUCCAAGCCAGACUCAAGGAGUACCUGGACGAGCGCCGAACAAUUGAGACGCUGUCCAUUACGGAAAUGUUCAGAGACCUUCGAUUGGCGUGCACAUAUGUGCCUAAGGUUUACUGCGUUAUAGAUGCUCUCGAUGAGAUGAACCUUGGCAAUGACCACUUCCUGCAUGAGUUGGCCAAAUUCUCAUCGUGGCAGCCGCCCAAGAUGAGAAUGAUUAUAACGAGCAGACCAGUGCCUGCGGUUGAGAUACCACUUAGACCUUAUCCGACGGUCCAAAUUCACCUCCAGGAACAGCUGGUGGAUCAAGAUAUUGCGGUCUAUCUACAACGACUGCUAGCUGGCUCUGGCAUUCCUGGAGAUGAUCAAAACAAGAUCCAGCAAGCAAUCCUUGAAAAAGCUGGCGGAAUCUUCCUUUACGCCAAGUUGGUCAUGGAACAAAUCAUGGAACAAGGUGCCAACAUAGAGCACAUUCUUGAGACUCUACCCGCCAAUCUCAAUGUCAUGUACACCAGUCUUCUGAAAGAGCACUCCCAGAGGUCUGGCAUACCGCACCAUGUACAGCUCUUAGUUCUGCAAUGGGUGACUCACGCAAAUCGCCCGCUCCGACUCCUUGAGAUGGCAGAAAUGCUCAGCGUGACACGUCAACUGGAUGGUAUACAUGAGCUCAGAGAAGCCAAGGAUAUCAUCCGUGCCAUCUGCGGAUCGCUUUUGGAGAUUCUCCCCGACGAGACUGUCUCUGUUGUACACCACUCUCUCACCGAAUUUCUAAAGGGUCAAACACGCUCUGUUGCUCAGGAGCAUCCAGCCGAUGAGUACAGCUUGCUUGAAUCUGAUACAACUCACCUCAGGCUAGCUCUCGCAUGUCUAUCUUACCUUGAUGCAGGGUGCCUGGACAGCUAUGAGAUUAUGGAGAAGAGCAAAUUGAGAAACGAGAGGUGGAAACAUAAGGGACUCAACCAAAAUACGAGACUAGAACACCCUUUUGCCGAGUAUGCCGUCUUCAAUUGGCAUUUACACAUAACCAAGGCUGGGUUAUUAGCCAGAGGUCAACCAGAGCUAUUUAAACUGCUGGACAAUUUUCUCCAAGGGAACCGCUUUCUCGUCUGGCUGAGUCUAGAGUGGCCGAAUUGCGAAUUCGGUGACAUGUCUCCUCUACAUGUCGCUGCUUAUCUCAAUCUGACGGAUUACAUGCGGGAGCUUCUGGAGAGGCCAAACGCCAACGUCAAUGUUCUCAAUGAGAUGGAAGAGACUCCCAUCUACUGGGCUGCGUAUAAUGGACACGAGGAAGCAGUCAGGCUUCUCCUGCAGCACGGCGCCGAGCCAAACAAAUACAACGCUACUGGCUUGACGCCAUUACACGAAGCCGCAAUUCGAAACUACGCAGCAGCAGCACAGGCCUUGUUGGCUGCUGGGGUUGAUCCCCUGACUCCUAGGACAGAUCCUCAAGCCGAACGUUACCAUUAUCCCGAGCGCAGGUCCACUGGCCGGACGCCGCUCAAAUAUGCCUGCAAGAAUGGGCAUGAUGAAGUCGUAGCCAUAUACCUGCCCUUUAUCAAAGAUAUUAACGUCGUGUAUGGCGCAUUACAUUCGGCGGCGAAGGCUGGCCAGGACAAAGUCGUGGCGUGUAUCCUGAGGCACCCAGGCAUAGAAGCAGACGCCUUCGUUUCCUAUAACACGGCAUUAUACUAUGCUUGCGAGGCAGUCAGCCCUCGGACUAUCGAAGUCCUUCUGAAAGCUGGAGCCAAUCCAAAUGUCUUGACUGAGCCGGAAUUCUAUCAACGCCUUAGCAUAAUACAUGGUGCAAAGGGCCUGGACCCGAAUGGUUCAGAGCGCAUGCUUACAGCUCUUCACUUGCUGUCCAGCAGUAUUGCAGGGAACAGUCGACCAAGCGUGGACUAUAUACAGAAAUGUUUUGAGCUAGUUCAGGAGGUUGGGGUCGAUCUAGAGGUUCGAGACCUCGAAGGCAAGACGGCUCUGCACAGCUUGUUCUCGGGCCAAGCUUUUGUGUCAUCCGAAUCAGUGUUUGCCAUGUUACGGCUACUUCUCAGGGCGGGCGCUGAUGCGAACACAACGUGCGAUAAGGGAGAGACACCACUGCACGGGAAUCCCACCAGCAAAGAUGCUGUCCGUCUGCUCAUCGAAGAGGGCGGCGCAGACAUCAAUAAGCGACGAACUUCGGAUGGUAGAACACCGCUUUUGUGUAUUCUCGCUACUCAGUCGCCGGAAACAUCGUUGGAAUUCUUAUCCUUUGGUCCAGACUGUAAUGUCGUGGAUAAUGAUGGCAAUGGCGCUCUUCACGUUGCCUUGGGCUGUCGACAUACAAAUCGCGAUCUAAUUCUUGCCCUCCUGGCACAGGGAGCCGACCCAAAUCUGAAGAAUCACAGCGGUCAAACGGCAUUGCACAUUGAGGGCGAAUUUGGGCAUGGGCAAGAGCAGUUGAUUAGGCUCUUGGUGGAAUCCGGCGCAGACCUUGAGGCCCGAGAUAAUAACGGCUGUACACCUUUAUUCAAACGAGUGAGCUCAUAUUUCCACGUUGAAGAUCGCCGUUCAACCGAUGUUCUCAAGACCCUUGUGGAAUUGGGAGCGAAAACCGAUUGCCGCGACUACAAGGGCCGAACUUUGCUCCACGAAGCGUCCCGCUGCGAUGCUCACGAUCGAUUCAAAUACUUCGUGGAUCUGGGAGUGAACCCGCUUGCACAAGAUGAAGCAGGGAAUACCAUGUGGCACGAAGUAAUUUACACUCGGGCUUACCCGGCUCAACGCCUUUCUUGGCAUAAGAGCAAUGGUCCACCAAUUCCAGAUAUAUAUAAUCUCCUGAUCGAGAGUAGAGUUGAUCCCGACCAAGCCAACAAUCAGGGAAGAACCCCUCUACAUAUUGCCUCCGGUAUAGAGACUGAGGCAGUUGACAGCCGAUAUGAAAAGACCCCAAUCAAUUACUUGUUGAGUGUUUGCAAGAACCUGAGCCCGGCCGACAGCGAUGGCAUAACGCCCCUCCACUUGGCUGCGACUAUCUCCGAGUAUCACGUCGCGGCACUCCUCAGAGCUGGGGCCAAUGUAGCAGCUGUGACUCUUGAUGGGCUGACUCCAUUGCACCUCGCAGUUCGCGCUUGUCAGUCAAAUAUUGUUGGCAUGCUUCUUGAUAAAGUCGAGAGAGAUGGUUCUUCAAAUGGUUCAACUUUCGUUAAUCAUCGGGAUAACAGUGGACGAACAGCUCUUCAUUACGCAUGCAGAUCCGGACGUCCAGAGGCAGUAGCGUUCUUACUCGCAACAGGAGCCGAUGUUAACAUCCGGGCCAAGGAUGGUAUAACACCACUACAAGAAUGUACCAAAUUUGAAAGCGAGCUGGAACUCUGGAGAGGCUGUGGUUCGGCCGCCGACAGAUAUCAACGUCUCCAAGCCGCAGGACUUAAGCUUGGCGAUGAAACACGCCCAUUCCUGCGUAGGCUUGAUGAACACAUACAGGAAGACAAAGAAAUACCCCCUGAGCAUACUUCAAGUCGCCUUGACGAGAUAUUAGACAUGUUAGUCGAUCACGGACUAGACGUUCAUACAACAGAUACCUCCGGACGGAACCAGAUUCAAGAAGCCAUCAGUCUUAUCAAGGGCCCAACAAUGUGCUAUACCAUAAGAUGCUUCUUGGCUCUGAUCAAUAAACUGGAUCCACACUUAUAUAAAGGCGAGAUUGAGUCUCUUUCGAGCCUUCGGGAGCAGGCGCAGUCAAUGGUGGUACCUCAAGAACCCGAUCAUCAAUGUAAUCAUAUACACUGCCACGACUCUGAGCCUGAUAAGCUAUUAAUGUCACGAGAAUACAGUCGCUUCGAACAGGCCCAUCAAGAAGGUGCGGAUUUGGCGCAACCAAGCCGCGCAAAUGGUACCCCGUGGCAUAGUUUAGUCCGUGGAGGAUAUGGGAUGCUCCUCGAGAAGAUCUGCACUGGCGAGGUUGUGAAACACUUUGAAGAUGAGAAAUGGUGCAAGAAGUGGAUGAAGGGUUUUGCAAAGCGUAGCCAUCCCUAUGGCCGGCAUAGCAUCAGCUCGCUCUUGAUUGCUGCAUGCAGCAGCAGAACGCCUAAUAUGGAGGUGGUCAAAGUGCUCGUUGAGACCUUUAAAGCCGAUGUAAAUGCGCAAAGCCCUACAGAGAUCAUGGACCUAAUAGAUGGGCAGAUAGUACCAGGGGAGAGUGCGCUUCACAUCUUGGCCAGAGGUCACCACUGGUGGCAGGUUCACCAAGCACUUCCUUAUCUCGUCAGUCAUGGAGCCAAUGUCAACUUGAAAGAUCAAAUCAAACGGACGCCUCUGCACAUCGCAUUAGAGAUGGUUCCAGGAAACACUCCCAGGGUGCCUUCUUUCCAAGAGGAAGCAGCUCGAAUCCUUGUCAGUGCCGGUGCAGAUAUUCACUCAAGCGACCACAUGGGCAAAAGCUGUCAGACUCUUGCGGUUAGAAACAGCAAUCCCAGAAUGCUUCAGAUUGUACUGCCAUCGGGAAGCGCAUUGGAUAUCUCAACUUUGUUCGUUGCAAUCGAAGAGUGUAACGUUGAGUUGUUUGAGCGACUGAUAUCAGUCGGCAUGGAUCUCAACAAGAGAUGCGACACCAAUGCUUCAGGAGACAAGCUUGGUCCAAUAAUUAGGGAUGGCGGCGCCACGAUUGAAGUGGAUGAGCUAUACGCGUUGCUACUCGUUGAUCAUAAAGCAACAACUCACGUUAAUGCCUCAAAUCACGGCCCCCUCUUCGGUAACCAUUUCGGUAAUAACACCACAAAUCCAGCUCAACCUGAUGAUGAUAAGUCGAAAUACAUUCGCAUGGUGGAGCUGCUUGUUUCUCACGGCGUGGACAUGUAUGCCAGGUUUAACAAGACCGUUCAAAAUACCAGUGCUUCUCUUGCGGUCAUGGCUUCCACGAAUAAGGCCAUCGACAGUUCUGAGAAUGGCAAGCCAGGCAAACAGCCUCCUCGAGGCCAUCACUAUGAAGACUGCACCGUCAUUCACGAGCUGUUAGAGACCAGCAAAUUUAUCCAAGACAUAAUUGACUGGAAAUCCCUCGACCUGGAACAUCGCGAUAGUAAAGGCAGGACAUUGCUUUUGGCAGCAUGCCGGAAUAAAACAGUCGCCGAUGUGACCGCUACGAAACUUGUUGAACUGAAAGCCGAUCUGUCAGCCCGGGACAGUGAGGGCAAAAACGCCCUACAUCACAUCUUCGAAUCUCAUGCACCGAAUGAAAUUUGCAAACACAACGAGGUAGUGAAACUGAUGCUAGCCAAGCGUCCGGAGCUUAUACAUGAAGAAGAUAAUAAAGGCAAUUUACCAAUCAACUACGUUCAGCCAGGUUUCUGCAAUCCGCAUAUGGGCUUCUUCCGAUCAGGACCUUGCAAAGACAUUGUCGAUAUCCUUCUAGAUGCGGGUUCAGACCCAUUGCAUCCGGACGCUGACGGCAAUUUCCCCAUUCAUUUCCUCGGUCACCGGCCGAAGCAUGCCUUGUUUCAGCGCUUCCUUGACAUGGGCGUUCCAAUCGACAUACGUAAUACCAAGAGUGGUAACACGCCAUUGUUCAAUUGGUUUUCUUCAGAACCAUCACACCUCGACUGGCCACGACCUGGCUUACAGAUCUCGCUUGCCGGUGGCAUCAACGCAGUCUUCCCAAACCCAGCUCUCUCGAGACCUCACCCAAGCAACAUCUACCCAUUCCCAACCGCAGUCCUCCCAGGAACAGUCACCCCAGGCACAAUCCUCCCAAACACGAACUUUCAAACACCAGCCCUACCAGGAGCAGUCACCCCAAGCGCGAACUUCGCAAGUCCGGCCUUUCUCAGAGCAGCCCUGCCACAACCAGUGCUCGCACCAGUGGAUAAAACCAAGCUCGAAGAUUUUGAACAAGAGCAGCUGGCAUUCUACGAAGAGGCAGGGGCAGAUUUCAUGGCUCGCAAUAAUGCUGGAGAGACUCUGUUGCAUACCUUGGCUGGCGCAUCGUUCCAAAGCAGUUAUGGCGGAAGGAGUAAAGACGACAUGACCACUGCUAGGUUCAAAUUUCUAGUUGCUAAGGGCCUUGAUCCUCAAGCUGAAGACGGAAGACAGAGAACGGCUAUUGACGUUGCUGUAGCAUGUGAUAACAAAGGGUUUCUAGACUUUUUUAAGAAGUGA